CCUCCGCCCCCUCGCGACGAGACGCCUCGCUCCCCGGGCUUCUCCCGCCCCCAGCCGGUCUCCUCCCUCUGUUGAAAGCUGCCCGGGAAAGUGGUGGCGGGAGCGGGCCCAGGCUCGAGCGCAGCGUGGGCCCAGGUGUGUGUUGCCCGGCCCAGGAGAAGGUUAGGGCUUGAGUUUGUGCGCCAGAUGCCUGGUGUGUAAAUGCGGCGUGGCUGAGACGCCGCGGGCGGGCGUGCGGGUACAGGGGCCGGACUCAAGCUGGGCCGCCGCGGGGCUGUUUUCCGUCAGUCACCGGGUUUUCUUCUCUUCCGGUUCGGGCCUUAGGUGGCCGACAUGACGGCCAGGGGUCAGGGCCCCCUCGCGCCGCUGUUGGAGACUUUGGAAGACCCUUCCGCCUCACAUGGAGAGCAGACUGACGCUUACCUGACUCUGACCAGUCGUAUGACUGGCGAAGAAGGAAAAGAAGUAAUUAUUGAAAUUGAGAAAAAACUUCUUCGGCUGUACAAAGUUUUAAAGACUCAUAUUUCCAGUCAAAACUCGGAGCUCAGUAGUGCUGCUCUACAAGCCUUGGGGUUUUGCUUAUAUAAUCCCAAAAUUACUUCAGAAUUAUCAGAGGCAAAUAUUCAAGAACUGCUUUCAAAAUUGAAUGAUACUGUCAAGAGUCCAGACAAAAAUGUACGUACCAGGGCACUUUGGGUGAUAUCUAAGCAGACAUUUCCUCCUGAAGUUGUUGGCAAAAUGGUACCCAGUAUAAUUGAUUCAUUAGAAAUACUAUUUAAUAAAGGAGAGAUGCAUUCUGCCGUUGUUGAUUUUGAAGCAUUAAAUGUUAUCAUAAGGCUAAUUGAACAAGCUCCAGUUCACAUGGGAGAAGAGUCAGUGAGGUGGGCAAAACUGGUCAUACCGUUAGUGGUUCAUUCAGCACAAAAGGUACAUUUGCGGGGAGCCACUGCUCUGGAGAUGGGAAUGCCAUUAUUGCUUAAGAAACAGCAAGAAAUAGCGUCUAUUACGGAGCAGCUUAUGACUACUAAAUUAAUCUCAGAACUCCAAAAACUAUUUAUGAGUAAAAAUGAGACUUAUGUGUUAAAAUUGUGGCCUUUGUUUGUUAAACUACUUGGAAAGACUUUGCAUCGAAGUGGGAGUUUCAUCAAUUCUUUGUUACAGCUAGAAGAACUGGGAUUUCGUAGUGGAGCACCCAUGAUAAAAAAAAUAGCUUUUAUUGCUUGGAAGAGUUUAAUAGAUAAUUUUGCUUUAAAUCCAGAUAUACUAUGUAGUGCAAAAAGACUCAAGUUGUUAAUGCAGCCUUUGAGUUCCAUCCAUGUAAGAACAGAAACUCUAGCAUUAACAAAACUAGAAGUCUGGUGGUAUUUACUGAUGAGACUUGGACCUCAUCUUCCUGCUAAUUUUGAACAGGUUUGUGUGCCUCUGAUACAAAGCACAAUAAGCAUUGAUUCUAAUGCUUUACCUCAAGGCAAUUCAUCUCGUGUAGCUGCUUCUGCAGGGUUAAAUCCUAUGACUCCUAUACACAAAGGUGCUUCUUCCCCAUAUGGAACCCCUGUAACUCCACGAUUGAACUUGAGUUCGAAUUUAGGUGGAAUGGCUGCGAUUCCUUCCAUUCAACUUCUGGGACUUGAAAUGUUGCUUCACUUUUUGUUGGGUCCAGAAGUCUUGAGUUUUGCUAAGCACAACAAACUUGUACUGAGCCUAGAGCCACUUGAACAUCCGUUAAUCAGCAGCCCUUGUUUUUUUUCCAAACAUGCAAAUAUACUUAUCACUGCUGUUCAUGAUAGCUUUGUUGCAGUUGGAAAAGAUGCCUCUGAUGCAGUUGUCAGUGCUAUCUGGAAGGAGCUCAUUAACUUGGUGAAGUCAGUUACUGAAUCAGGUAACAAAAAAGAGAGACCAGGUUCUGAAAUUUUGACCCUCUUAAUAAAAUCUUUGGAAAGCAUAGUCAGGUCUGAAGUAUUUCCUGUGUCCAAAACACUGGUCCUCAUGGAAAUUACAAUUAAAGGACUUCCUCAGAAAGUAUUAGGUUCACCAGCAUAUCAGGUUGCUAAUAUGGAUAUUCUUAAUGGGACUCCAGCUUUGUUCUUAAUUCAGUUAACUUUCACCAAUCUCUUGGAAUGUGGUAUAGCAGAUGAAAGGUUUUUUCUCAAUCUUGAAGCACUUGUAAGCUGUGUUCUUUCUGGUCCAACUUCACCAUUAGCUUUCAGUGACUCUGUUUUAAAUGUUAUUAAUCAAAAUGCAAAGCAAUUGGAAAACAAGGAGCAUCUCUGGAGAAUGUGGAGUAUUAUAGUUACUCCGUUAACUGAAUUGAUUAAUCAGACCAAUGAAGUGAAUCAAGGUGAUGCCUUAGAACAUAAUUUUAGUGCCAUCUAUGGUGCAUUGAUUUUACCAAUAAACCAUAUUUUUUCAGUACAGAAAUUUCCAGUGGCCACUAUGAAGACCUUAAUUAGAACUUGGUCAGAAUUAUAUAGAGCAUUUGCUCGCUGUGCUGCUUUGGUGGCAACAGCAGAAGAGAAUUUGUGCUGUGAGGAACUUUGUUCCAAGAUAAUGUCCAGUUUGGAAGAAGAAGGCCUUUCAAAUUUGUUGUUCUUGGAUAGGAUCGUUCAUAUUGUUACUGUAAUGUUUGAUUGCAUCGACUUCUCGCCAUAUGAUAUUAAAUAUAAGCCCAAAGUUAAAUCAUCACAGAGACCUUCUUCAGAUUGGUCCAAAAAGAAGAACGAGCCCCUAGGGAAAUUGACUUCUUUAUUUAAACUUACCGUGAGAGUGAUCUAUUCUUUCCACACUCUGAGCUUCAAGGAAGAACAUUCUGAUACCCUCUUCGCUAUUGGCAAUUCAAUCACCAGCAUUCUUUCCAAUGUAGUUGGACAUAUUUCUUUGCCAUCUAUGAUCCGAAAAAUAUUUGCAACUUUAACACAACCUCUGGCAUUACUUUAUGAAAACUCAAAGCUUGAUGAAGUUCCUAAAGUGUAUAGUUGUCUGAACAACAAGUUAGAAAAGCUACUAGGAGAAAUUAUUACUUGUCUGCAAUUCAUCUACACUGGAACAUAUGACAGUGAACUUCUUGAACAACUCUCCCCACUAUUAUGCAUAACAUUUCUGCACAAGAAUAAACAGAUUCGAAAACAGAGUGCUCAGUUCUGGAAUGCCACAUUUGCUAAAGUGACGAUGUUGAUUUAUCCUGACGAGUUAAAACCAGUGCUAAGACAAGCCAAACAAAAAUUUCUGCUUCUGUUGCCUGGUUUGGAAACUGUUGAAAUGAUGGAAGAAUCCAGUGGACCGUAUUCAGAUGCAACAGAAAAUUCACAACUAAAUGUGAAGAUAAGUGGCAUGGAAAGAAAAUCAAGUGGAAAAAGAGAUUCCUUUUUGGCACAAACAAAGGACAAGAAAGAAAAGAUGAAACCACCAGCCAAACUGAAACUUGAAUCUUCAUCUCUAAAAGUAAAGAGUGAAAUACUUUUGGAAGAGGAAAAGUCUACUGACUUUGUGUUUAUAUCUCCAGAAGGAAAAGAUGGAAAGGAAAGAAUACUAACUGAACAUCAAAAAGAAGUACUCAAAACAAAGCGGUGUGAUAUUCCUGCCAUGUAUAAUAAUCUGGAUGUUUCACAAGAUACGUUAUUUUCUCAGUAUGGCCAGGAAGAGUCUAUGGAAAUUCCUGCUGUAACCAGAAAACCAAAGGAAGAUUCCAAAAUGAUGUUUAAGGAGGAGCAAAUGGAGAGUGACAGUGUCAUUCCUCAAGAUGUCACGGAAAACUGUGGUAUGGAUGAACAGCUUGAAAAGGCUUCCUUUUCAAAUAAAGAGUGUGGUUCUGUUGAUGAAACCAGUUCAAAAAUACUGAGCAGUAAUACCGAUGCCAGAAAAAAAGCUUUAAUUCCAUCAAAGAAAACUUCAACUGAAUGUGCAUCUAGUGCAGAAAGUUCUGUUGUUGUCAGCAGUAGCUCAGUUUCUAAUGCCGCUAUUUCUGGAACUCCUCCACAGCCUACAAGUCGGAGGCAAACUUUUAUUACCUUGGAGAAGUUUGAUGGGUCAGAAAAUAGACCUUUUAGCCCAUCCCCCUUGAAUGACAUGUCAUCAACUGUUACAGUGAAAAGUAACCAGGAAAACAUGAUUAAAACAGGUAUUCCACCAAAAGCAAAGCAACGAGAAGUGACUCUUUCAAAAUCUGAUUCUGAAAAAACAUCAAAUGCAACUAAGAGAUCAGGCCGGAGAUUGGGUAAAGCUGAACAAAUAGGAAAUAAAAGGUCUAAGCCCUUAAUGAAAUCUGAACAGGAGAAAAGUACUCAGGAAUCUAUUGAAGGCAUGGUAACCUUAGAAAAUAACCCACCUGGUUUGCUUAAUCAAACAGAAUGUGUAUCAGAUAAUCAGGUUCAUCUUUCCGAAUCUGCAGUGGAGUAUGAAGAUACCAAGUUUAAACCAACAAUAGAAAAUGCUGUGUUACUAGAAACUAAUACUAUAGAAGAGAAAAAUGUAAAAAUUAAUUUGGAAUCCAAAGAAAAUACACCCCCAGCAGGAAUACCGUCAGAUCAAACGGUAAAUGACGAUAGUCAGGCUCAGAUAACUCCAAAUCAAAAAACCCUUAGACGAUCUUCAAGACGACGUUCUGAAAUAGCAGAAUCUACCACUGAUAGCCAAGAUAAAGAAAAUAAUCAUCAAAAAAGGGAAAGACGUAAGGAAGAAGAAAAACCUCUUCAGAAGAAUCCGUUGCAUAUAAAAGAUGAUUUGUUACCUAAGCAAAAACUGAUUUCUGAACAAAUUGUACAGGAGAAUUUAAUUGAGAAAGGAAAUAGUUUACAUGAGAAGACUUCUGGGGAAACCAGUGCUAAUGCUGAAAUUGACCAAAAUAAAAGAAAGCCCGACCUUGAGAAUAUUAAGUCUGAAGGAGAUGGUGCCCAGGACGUUGCAGAUAAAUCCUCUGAGAAACCAGUAAGGGGCCGAACACGGUAUCAAACAAGAAGAGCAUCUCAGGGUUUGCUUUCUAGCAUUGAAAACUCAGAAUCUGAUAGUUCUGAGGCAAAAGAAGAAGGUUCUAGAAAGAAGAGAUCUGGAAAAUGGAAAAGCAAAAGCAACGACAGUGUUGACAUUGAAGAUCAAGAAGAGAAAAUGGUAAAACAGGAGUGUAUAAAAGCUGAAAAUCAGACACAUGAUCAUAAAGCAAGUUCAGAAGUAGACGUAGACAUAAAGUCUCAGGUUUGUGAAAAAAAAGAUGAAAGUAGUACUGUAAUACUUGAGGAUUCUGCAUCUUCAGAUUUGUUGCAGAUUUCUGAUGAUGUAGCAAAUACAUGUGAGGGGGAAAGUAAAACUAGCAAAUGUGCAGAAUAUUUCUUUACAAGUCCACCUGUGCCAGAGUCAAAUCUAAGAACUAGAAAUGCCAGUAAGAGAUUACAUAAGCGAGACUCUAUUGAUAAUUAUAGUGUAGGAGAAUCCUCAAAAAUAGAGACAUCAGACAUUUCUUUGCCUUCUGAAAAAACUCUUGAAACGCUUGAAUGCCACCAUAAGAGAAGUAGGAGGGUGAGGAGAUCUAAAAGUUGUGAUUGCUGUGGGGAAAAAUCACAGCUUCAGGAAAAGUCAUUCAUUGGGUUAAAGAACACAGAAAAUUACGAUGUAAAGAUUAGUGAAACAAAAAAGACAGAUGUACAAACACCUGUAACUAUAUCAGAAACUUCUAAAGCUAAUCUGUGUUCUGAAGUAAAAUUUUUAGAUGAGCACCACAGUGUGGAUUUUCAUUUGGGUAUCAAGGAGGAUAAUGACACUAUCAAUGAUUUAUUAAUUGUAUCUGAAACUGAGUUGAAAGAAAAUACCAUUCAAGAAACUCUUCCUUCUGAAAUAGUAAAUUUUAAAGAGGAAACUUGUGGUAUGGAUUCUAGUGAAGUGAAGUCUCUUCAAAGCCAAGAGCCACCUAAUAAAAAAUUUAAAGCUGCUGGCCCGUGUUUAGCUGAUUCCAAAGAUAUUUCCCAGGAAUGUUCUUUGGAAACUAAAGAAGAAAAGCCAGAAGCUACCCUGGAAGGGGAACUAAGUCGAGGUUAUGUUGUUAAUGUUGAAGAAAAUGCAUGCAAAGUAGCAGAAUCCAAUCUACAGAAAGUAGAAACCAUGGAAUUGGAUGUAAGAAAUGAUAAAUCUGAAGCUAGCUUCUCUGAACAAGAGAGUACCAAAACUGAUAUUUCUGAAGAAGCAGCAACAGAGGAAAACAGUAGUAGUGGUGAUGAAUCUGAAGCAGACACAGCUAAAAAACUGUAUGCCAAAGAAGCAGCAACUGAGGAAUUUAAUUCAGGCAUCAGUCUUUCUGAUAAUACCACACCUAUAACAGUGAAUGCUCAAACUGAGAUGUCUGAACAAACAGCAGUUGGGGGACUAGAUGGAGGAAGUGAUGUGUCUGAUUCAGGUUCAUCUGAAGAAAUGAAUGCUGAAGUGGAAAAGUGUGAAGAAACAGUGAUCGAUGAGGUGAAUGCUGAAACUGACCAUGUCAAUAAAACAGAAGAUGAGGACAUGUCCAUCAAAACCUCUAAACCUGAAGAUGCUGAAACAAAAGGACUCAAUGCAGAAAUUGACAACAUUGUUUCUGACACACUUGAAGUGAGCACUGAAGAAGGAAAAGUUGACUGUAAUAAAACUGAAACAAAUACUGAACUUAAUGUACCUGAAGAAAUAGAUGAUAAUCAAAUGGUAGUGGGAAACGAUAUUUUACAGGAAGUUCACACUUCCAAGAAAGUGGAGGAACCACCACAAUCUCUGACAUCUGAAACAGGUAUCUCUGAACUGAUAAUAGAAGACAAUAAUGCAUCUCCUCAAAAAUUAAGGGAACUCAAUCCUUCCCUUGUGUCAGCAAAUUACAGUCCUAGUGGCAUGCAGACACGCUGUAUCUGGUCUCCUUUGGCUUCUCCAUCCACCAGCAUUUUAAAGAGAGGACUAAAAAGACCCCAAGAAGAUGAGAUCUCGUCACCUGUUAACAAGGUUCGCCGUGUCUCCUUUGCAGAUCCAAUAUACCAAGCAGGAUUGGCAGAUGACAUUGAUAGACGGUGCCCUGUUGUUAGGUCCCACUCUUCAAAUAGUUCCCCCAUAGUAAAAAGUGUUAAAACUUCUCCUACUGCACAAUCUAAGAUUACAGAAAUGGUCAAAGAAUCCAUGCCAUGCCCAACAGAAAGUGUUUACCCAGCUUUGGUGAACUGUGUGGCACCAGUUGACAUCAUUUUACCUCAGAUUACGUCUAACAUGUGGGCAAGAGGCCUAGGACAGCUCAUUAGAGCCAAGAAUAUAAAAACAAUUGGUGAUUUGAGUACUCUUACAGCAUCUGAAAUAAAAACCCUUCCUAUUCGUUCUCCAAAGGUGUCCAAUGUAAAAAAAGCUCUCAGAAUAUAUCAUGAGCAGCAGGUGAAGUCUCGUGGACUAGAAGAAAUUCCAGUUUUUGAUAUUUCUGAAAAAACAGUAAAUGGAAUCGAAAAUAAAUCUCUGUCUCCUGAUGAAGAAAGACUUGCCUCAGAUUUGAUUGAUCCUGUUAAUUUAGAAACUCCAUUAUCUAAAAAUCUUGUGGCACAGAUCAGUGCUCUCGCUCUUCAGCUGGAUUCAGAAGAUCUCCAUAAUUAUUCAGGAAGCCAGCUAUUUGAAAUGCAUGAGAAACUGGGUAGUAUGGCAAACUCUAUAAUAAAAAAUCUACAGUCACGUUGGAGGUCACCAGCCCAUGAAAAUUCUAUUUAGUAUUUUAAGAGGAAAUUGAAGUUUUUUUUAAACAUCACUGGAUUUUCUUGAUUGAUAAAACAAGUUCUGAAAUGUAGCACAAUUUCAAAGAGACUGUUUGCAAAGUUGAUAGCAUUUCAAACUCUGAAGGACAAUGACUUAUUAUGUAAGUUCAAUUUUGUAAGUUCAUUAUGUAAGAUCUUCCCCCACCCCCUAUAUAAUGUAUUUUCUUGGCUGCUAUGCGUAGUUUUUCAAGAAAUUUAAUUAUCUUACAGAGAUGUGAAAGCAAAAACUAGAAACAGAAGCAUACGUUUUAUUUCACACUUUCUUAAACUCAUGCAUAUUCUGGUGAAACAUGUAAUAUAAAAUACUUUAAAGUUGAAAAUUUUUAUUUGAAUUUUUGCUGAACUGAUAAAGGUGUUUAUAUUUGAUUUUUUUUUUUUUAAAUUCAUUUUUGUUGUGCCUGAGGUUUAGGAAAUUUAUUCUUGGUAAGACACCCUGAACAAGACGCAAAAGAAUUGGAACUUUCCCCAGAGAUGUCAACUUUUUGGACAGCUUUUGAGAAAAAUGCCUAAAGUUUCAACUUCUGGGGGUUAAAAUGUUAGUGCAGAAUUUACUAAGAUUCCAUUCGUUUGCAUUAGCAAAUAUUUGUGCAACAGCAUUUGCCUGUGAAAAUUUAUUCUUAGAGACACACAGUUUUCGUUAUAAAUGCAUGACUGUACAUUAUGUAUAGAUGACCAUGUUUUUAAUUUAUAAAAUUCAGUCUUUGUUAAUCGCAUGGAUUUUUCUUCAGCUUCUUGUGAAUAGUUUUGUUUGAUAGAAACAUUUUGUAUAUAUUAAAUACUGAGGUAUCAAUAUGGACAGUACAAGUGCUUCAUGGGCUUGCUGCAGAUAUUUGUAGAUUUCUGUAUCUACAAAUAAAACAACAAAUAGUUUUAUACUUAGUUAAUAGUCAGUUAAAACAUGAGUUAAUUUUCUAAAAGUAUCCAGAAUGACUAAAGUUACACAAGUGAGAAAAAGUUACACAACAACCUUGCUAUUCAUACCCUUACCUUUUUUCUUUUGGUUUGGAAGAGGGUAUCAGCCACUAGAAAGUAUGCCUCGUUACAUUUCUUCUUAGUGGAAUGUUAGUUUGAAUAUUUUCAUUGCAAAUUGGACAAUAAGAAAUCUAGAAUUUACCUGCUUUUUUUCACCUAUACUUAAAAGCAACCUUGGAAGAAAUUUGAAACUGUUCUUUUUUUAUAUAUGUAUGUUUUGUUUUUAAAAAUUAGGGUAUAUGUAAUUAAAAUAUUUGUAAAUUUUACCAGCUAAUAUUAGUGCCUGACUUCCCAUAUUUGUUUCAUCUUUUUAACUGAGAAUAUAUUUCACUUGUUCUGUGAAUAGAAUGAGUGAAUGAUCUCAGUUUUCACUUUAUUCAGAACCUAAUUCCUACUUAGAAAGGCACACAUUUCUAUAGCAAGUCAUAGAAAGUUUCAUCUUGGUGCCUAGUUACCUCUCCUAUAUUCAGCAGGAGUGUUAGCAUCAUUUUCGUAAUCGUACGUCCAUCACCAUUACAAAUAUUUUUGAGUCGUUUUAAGUAUGAUAUUCAUAUACCAAGAUGGCUUUCUAAAGAAAUUAUGGGAUCAUUGAACUAAGGAUUAUAGCUUGAAGAAAUAACUAAUGAAAAAUACUGAUUUUUUAAAAACAAUUAUAAUUGUGGUUUACAUUGUUUGUCAUUUAUUUCCCAAAUUAUAUUUCAUAGUACAAAGGCACAUGAGUUUUUAGGGAACAGGUGUGAACAAGAAAAGGGGUAUGUGUGUUUGAGGGCAGGGGACGGGGUACUUUUACAGAGUUUAGAGUUAAAAUUAUAGCUUGUUUCAUGACUACAUGCCUUAACAUUUUUGUGAACUAAACUUAUUUACAGGUUGAAGGAUGUUCUUGUAAAGCUGAACAGUACAGCAGAAAAUGUGACCAAAAUGAUUACUGUUUACUCAAAUCACUGAAUUUGGUAUAAGCACACGCAUUAAUUUAAAAAAAACAUUGUAUUUCAGCAAGAUUGUAUUUAAAUACAUUAUUUGACGACAUAGACCAGCUUGCUAAAUCUUCAUUAUUGCUGUGGUUAUAAGCGUAUAUUUAAAGUACUUUAUUUUCAAUAUUCUUGCCUUAAAAUUUUCUGCAGCUUUCCCCCUGAAUAGCAAAACAUUAAUAUUCCUUGAUCAGUUCCACUGUGUUGUUUCAGUAUUAAAAUGGAGCCUGAUUUUUCAAAUUUUUUCUAAUGGUUAAUAAAACACAUGGCAAAUAUAACUAAGAACACU